GGGUAGGCAUGGCAUGGGAUAGAAUGGGCUUCACCGAGUUUGCAGCACUGUUCCUCAUAUUAAACUAUCAAUGGACAUCUUUCGUCAUGGCAACUGCAGGGGUUGUAACUACCGUAGCUGGAGGUGGUGAUAUACAUACGGGUAAGACAAACACCGAUUGUACAGAGACUCGCUCUGGUUCACAGGACAGCGUAGGAAAACUUGCCAGGUUCCACUAUCCAUGGGGCAUAGCGUUUGACCCUUUGGAAAGAGUUGCCUAUGUAGCUGAUUGUGGUUGUCCGGGAACAAAAAGAACCGAUGAUCGUAUCCGUAAAGUUGAUGUGAAAACAGGUAUUGUGACGACGCUGGCUGGAUCACUUCAGGGAUACCAAGAUGGCGUUGGAGAAAAAGCAAUGUUUCACCAUCCUGCAGGAAUGUCCAUGCAUAGAAAGACAAGAACUCUUUUUGUUGCAGACAGUGCGAACAGUAGAAUACGAGCCAUCAAUGUCGUCACUGGUGAGGUCACUACGUUUGCUGGGAGUGGUAAAGAGGAACUCAAAGAUGGACUGAAGACUAUUGCUUCUUUCUUCAAUCCGCAAGCUGUCGCCGUAGAUCACGUGUAUAAAGACAGAUUUUUUGUUGCCGACACGGACAACCAUGCUAUCCGUGAAGUGAGUCUACCUGAUGGAGAAGUGACAACAAUAGCUGGUGGCGAAAAGGGUUUUAAAGAUGGUAAAGGCACAGGGGCGACAUUCUAUCACCCGGCUGGAGUAACGAUUGAUCCAAUCAGAAAUAUAUUAUUCAUCGCUGAUCAUUAUAACCACGCUAUUAGAAUGAUUGGUGUCGAGUCUAAAAUUGUCACAACAUUAGCGGGUAGCGGCAAACCUGGUUUUGUGAAUGGGAUGGGUAAUCAGGCUAUGUUCAAUUACCCAGAAGGCAUGGCGUAUGACACUGAAAACAAAGUGCUUUAUGUUGUUGAAUUUGAUAAUAACUGCGUACGAAUAGUCGAUGAUGAAGGAGAAGUCAGAAGUUUUGUUGGAGGCAGAGAAGGAAAAUCUGAUGGGCUUGGAGAAGAAGCAAAAUUUUUCCAUCCUACAGGUUUGACAUUUGACGAAAAAGAAAAAAUAAUCUACAUAACUGAUCAGUACAACCAUCAGAUUCGUGGAAUCAGCGGGAUUGGAGCGAAAACAUCGCCACCUGGUAAAAUUACAAUUGAGAAAAUUAUGACAUCAGUCAAAGAAGGCUACACCGGAACUGCAAUGAUGUCAUUAACGUUCAUUCUGUUCUUUGCAAUGGUGUUUGUCUGCAUAUGUCGAGGAAGAACUCGUCGCUUCAUGGGUAAAAUCUAGAAUAGUUGCCCGAUGUACUGGUAUUAAAGGGUGGGUGGUCGCAGUCACGACGCAGUGUUCGAUAUUGAUUCAAUGCAGGGUGUACAACGCUUGUAAAAUUGCUGUUCGGCCACCACCAUCCUUUGUAUCACAACAUGAAGUGUACCAACGUUUAUCCAGCACCCAGAACGUUAAAACGUAACGUAAAACGUAACGUAAAACGUAACGUAAAACCAGUUUCAAGUUACUAAUAACACUAAACAAUUACAGCUUGUAUACCACAACAAACAUUCUAAUAACAGUCCUAAUUGUCAUGCUCCAAUGAACUCAAGAUUUAAAAACUACAGGAACAGCUACCGGUACUUAGAUUUUCAUCUUGAAUUAUUGUUCUACCCGAGUAUGACCAUAUAAAUUGCGCCCUUUAUCAAUGAACUGUCUCAUGUGUGUAAGGAAAGCGAGGCGGAAUGCUGUUCGCAGGGCUGUGAUUGUUUUGAUUCGUGGUUGUCUGUUAAAUUGGAGGGGUCGUCCCCUGUGCACGCACGGGAAUCGAGUCCCAAGCGACGAUUAACAACACGCGCUAAAACGCAAAGGCUCAUGGGUAGACAUUUGUUUGUAAAC